UGGGGUUGGGGGCUGGACAUGGCCCCCUGUCCCCAGCCUGACUCCUGCCUGGCUGGCGGCCCUCUCGGCCUGAUAUGUCUGUCCCUUUUGCUCAUCCCUGCUGCAGCUGGAACGUACUGUGAGUGCAGCCUCGGCCUCAGCCGCGAGGCCCUCAUUGCCCUGCUGGUGGUGCUGGCGGGCGUUGGUGCCAGCUGCUUCUGUGCCCUCGUCAUCGUGGCAAUUGGUGCCAUGCGAGCCAAGAGACAUGAACAUGCCUCCCGCAGACACAUGGACAGCAGGAUGGUGGGGCACUUCGGGGUCCAGGAAGAUCACACGGAUCUGCACACAUUGCAUGUGGAGUCCCACCUCAUGGACCCUGACCUGGAGGUCUCCCUGAUGCCUCCCCUGGAGGCUCACGGCCUCAUAACCAUCCCCAUGGACCCGAUGGCCCCAACUCUGACUCUAGAGGAGACGUCCCCUCUCACCCCCCCCACCUGAGUAGGGCUGCGGGCAGCCUAGGGUAAGAGAAUUAAACGGUAUUUAGUGCUUCUGCCCUGUCCUCUCUGCGGGCUCCUCCUAGAGCCGCUGUGCGGCUGCGUGAAGGGGUGGGGAGGGGUCUGUGUGCACCUAGGUC